UAAAUAUGGAAGCACUAAUUAAACUGCUCUACUUGUGUGUUUUGUUUACAAGAAAUAGAUGGAUAUAGUUAAGAAGCGAAAGGUGCUAACUUUAUAUGCAGACAAGAUGAAGCAUUAAGCCAGUGUCACAAUUAGCAAUCUUACCAACAUAUGAGUUAGUGUCUUUUCCCUUAGGCUGAAGAUAGUUUCUGUCUAAAUAUCUCAAGACAUAAUUAAAAAUUACAUUAUCUUCUACAAAGUAAUAAAGCAGUGACUAAAAUAUGGGAAUACGCAGCUUUGAACAGAGUUCACAUUUAGUUCAAAAUAUAGUCCCUAAUGUACACAUCGAGACAGAAAGCAAAUGAGAAAGUGGUCUUCAGAGACGUACAACUUAUUGAUAAAAAAUUAGGGAGAUAGAUAGAUAGACAGUCAGAAGGGCGGGCAGACGAACAUAUAGAGAGAGUCGGUAGGUGACUACAUUCGCACUACAAUCAUGAUCAACGCCUCAGAUGUUGAGGCUGAUUCAGAAGCGUACCAAGGAGACAACCUGCUCACAGACGACAUCCAACUCAAGCAACUUCUCACUCUGAUGGUCAGCUCCACCGUCUGUGGACUGGUCAGCAUAGCAGGCGUGGUGACCAAUGCCAUGUGCAUUGCUGUUUUUCUGAAACAAGGUGGGAAAGAAAGUGUUAAUAUCCCCUUGCUGGCCAUGGCUGUGUCCCAUCUAAUCUGUGACCUCCUCAUGCUCUGGUGCUGCCUAUGGAACAUUGUCGUCUACUUGCAAAGCCAACCAAUGGUCAUAGAGCCUGUGGGCUUCAACGCCAUGACUGGCUAUUUGCCCAGGAUCAUCUUCUUUAGAGUCACCAGUUGGCUGAUGGCCUUCGCGGCUCUCCAGAGAUGUGUCUGCGUGGUACUUCCAUUGAAAGUCAGACUGAUCUUUACUCCGUCAAAAACUGCCGUCAUGACCUCGUGUGUUAUCAUUACAGCUUUCUCUGCCCACUUGACCAUUUAUGUCUCUCGAGAAUUGCGGGUGAUCUCAAACCCUGCUAUAAAUAUGACCCAGCUAGUCAUGUUGGUGAUCCCAGAGCUUCUGGACCUCGCUUACAAAGUUAACCAAGUCAUUUUUAUAUUUUUGCCGAUGGUCAAUUUUAUUUUUAUACUUACGUGUACGCUAGUGUUACUCAUCAAACUGAAGAGUUCCUUAAGAUGGCGCCAAGGCAAGCGAGCUACGACAGCCAUUAACAAACCAACCAACGGCGACAGCAAAUCAGAAACCAUCACUGAGACUCUAGGCCAAGCGAAGACUUUGAAAAACGGAAAGGAGUCCCGGAUGACGAAGAUGAUUGCCACCACCACCGCCAUAUUCGUGGCGUGCACGUUACCUAGCAACGCAGCCAUUGUGUACGGCACGAUCGUGGAGUUUGAGACUGCGACGACCGACUACCUGCACGCUCUCGCCUUUCUGUUUGAGACGCUCAACUCGAGCGUGACGCUGAUGGUGUACUACAAAAUGAGCUCAAAUUUUAGAAGCAACUUUUUAAUUUUGAUGCAGAUAUUCAGCAUAGACAUUUAAACACUAUGCUUAAAAAGCGCUAAUGAUUUGUGGAGUUUCUCAUUAAAGCGUUGAUUUUGUUUUAAUAAUGGCACCAUUACACAUCAUACACUACAAAUUAUACAAUACAAAUCACACACUGCACAUUACACACUACACAUAACACAUUAAAUAUUUCACAUAACAGUA